UAAAAGAUUUGAUUAGAUCGAAUUCGCAGAUCUUUGUUUUGAUUGCAAAGUAAAAUGGAAGUCCCAACUCUUUAUUCAAAUUAUCGUUCUUCCUGUAGCUGGCGUAUUCAAUAUACAUCUAUUAAUCCGUUUCAAGUUGUUCCAGCAUUGAAAAUCGACGGAGUGGCUUUGACUCAGUCUAUUGCUAUUCUUGAAUACUUGGAAGAAACUAGACCUGAAAAACCUCUCCUACCAAAAGAUCCUAUCAAGAGAGCUUUGGUUAGAUCGUUGGUACAGGCGAUUGUAGGUGAUGCGCAACCUAUCACUAAUUUAAGAGUUAGAAAAUACGUUGAAGAAACACGCAGAGAUGAAUGGACUAAUUAUUGGGCGACUUUUUCUUUUCAACGUAUUGAAGCUCUACUUGCUGCUACAGCAGGAGAAUAUUGUGUAGGCGAUGAGGUCACAUUUGCGGAUAUUUGUCUCAUACCUCAGGCAUAUAAUGCUGCUCAUAGGUUUAAAGUGGAUAUGUCAAAUUUUCCCAUCAUUCAGCGUAUUUACAAUAAGUGUUUAGAAUUGAAUGCAUUUAAAAUGGCGCAUCCGCAUAGACAAAUUGAUUGUCCAGACGAAUUUAAAGAAAAUAAGUAA